AACAACGACGUAAUAUUACUUAUCCAGGAAGUAAAAACAGCAGUUGGAGAUAACAGGGGGUUUGGAGAAAUCUAGAAAAYUAAAUAAUUGAGAGAAAUAUCAGAGAGAGAGCACAAAGUCAAUGUUUCUUUGGUGGAAAGACUUAUUUCGAAGGUAACGUGAUGUUUUGUCCUGGUGCACGAAAAACAACUUUUUUUCUACUUUUUGCAGUUUUGUUUUGUACUGCAGCAAGUACCCAACAACUUAAUAAACCUUUCAUAAUAUUUUCUAACACUGUGGAUAUCCGUCGCAUUAAUCUUGACGGCACAGGAUAUCAAUACCUCGUCAGAGGACUUUCAAAUGUCGUUGGCUUAGACUUUGAUAUCAAGACAAGAACAAUUUAUUGGUCAGAUAUCAAAGCUAAAAAGAUCCAAAGAGUCCAUAUUGAUCAAGGUCUAARUCCUAAGAAUAUAGAAGACUUUGUUACAUCAGAUCUGGGAGUGCCUGAAGACCUAGCUCUUGACUGGUUGGGUAGAAAACUAUAUUGGACUGACRCAGGAAGGGCUACUAUCAAUGUUAUUAAGCUGGAUGGUACCGAACGCAGGGCACUUAUAGCUCUACCUGAGGAAAAACCUAGAGCUUUGGUGGUUGAUCCAGUUGAUAAUAGACUWUACUGGACAGACUGGGGGAAUGAUGCUAAAAUAUCUAGAGCACAAAUGAGUGAUGGUAGUCAUAAAGAAGUGUUGGUCAGCUCAAAUCUUGUUUGGCCAAAUGGUUUGACRAUUGAUUAUAAGGAUAAAGUCCUGUUCUGGGCAGAUGCGAAUACUGAUAAAAUAGAAAAGUCUACAUUGAGUGGUCAAAAAAGACACACCAUCAUCGAUGGAAGGAAAGUAUAUCACCCAUACUCCUUGACACAGUUCAAAGACAGGCUGUAUUGGACAGAUUGGCAUCAACAUACCAUUGAACAUUGUGAUAAGAGUACAGGACAGGAUAGAGUUAGUAUAAGUGGUGGAAUGAGUAGACCAUCAGCAUUACACAUUUAUCACCCUGAAAGACAACCAGGGACAGAUCCCAACCAGUGUCUCGUUAAUAAUGGCGGAUGUAGUCACAAGUGUCAAGAUAUGAUUGGUGGAUACAGGUGUCUUUGCCGACAAGGAUUUGAACUAGGAGUUGAUCUACAGAAUUGUCAAGACAUCAACGAAUGUAGUUAUAACCGCGGUGGCUGUUCUCAAGUCUGCGUCAACACCAUCGGUUCAUACAACUGUUCCUGUCUUGGUGGAUAUACUUUGAAUCCUGACGAAAAAACUUGUAAUGAUGCAGACGAAUGCAGGAUCAAUAAUGGUGGCUGUCAAUUCAAAUGUACAAAUACAGAAUCAUCCUACGUCUGUUCGUGUCGGUCAGGUUACACUGUGUCAGCUGACAAGCACACGUGUGUUGAUAUUGAUGAAUGUAGUCAUAGCAACCACACCUGUCCUGAAUACUGUGAGAACACCGUGGGAUCCUACAGAUGUGUCUGUUCAUCAGGACUGGUUUAUAAUCCUAUCACUAACACCUGUGACGACAUCAACGAGUGUCUGAAUAACUCUCUCAAUACCUGUCACCAGACAUGUAUUAACAUCCUUGGCUCGUUUCACUGUGACUGCAGUACUGGUUACCUCUUGUCCAAUGACAGAAAGAGUUGCUAUGACAUAGACGAGUGCAACCAAUCGCGUGACGCCUGUCAACAUACGUGCAUGAAUACCCAGGGGUCUUACAUGUGUGCUUGUAAACCAGGCUACCAGCUUGCAACUAACCGGGAACGGUGUGAYACAAUAAGCUGCGGGAAUCCCGCGAGUCCUCAAGGGAUCGUCSUAACGUGUGAUGGAACAGUUGAGCAAUAUAGAUACAACCAUUCCUGUACAUUAACAUGUACUAAAGGUUAUCUCAUUGGWCCGAACACCAUCAYYUGUCAAUCAUCUGGAGUAUGGACUGUUAUAAGGGCUCAGUGUGUACCUCAAAUCCCUGGCCGUAACAGCCCUCCUCAUUCUAUCAUCCUCUCCUCGCACUUCAUCCCCGAAAACACAGCAAUAAACGAARUCAUAGGUCGACUGACUACCAUCGACAGCGAUGAAGACCAGACCUUUACUUACUCCAUGGUAGAAGGCGCUCAUGGUUUGUUUGGAGUCGAUAAUUCUCGUGGGUCUCUUGUGGUAGCUGGGUAUUUGGACUACGAGAGGAAAUCCCGGUAUGAUAUCCGAGUUAUGAGCACCGACAGUGGAACACCCCCGUUAUCGUAUACACAGAAUCUGACGGUGCACGUACUGGACGUCAAUGAAGCCCCGAGUCCACCAAUCAUUGACCGGUUGAGUGUGUACGAAAAUGUAUCGAUUGGUUAUACCGUAGGAGUAAUUAAUUCAUCGGAUGCUGAUGUGGAUAGUCACCUGACCUUCUCGUUACUCACUGAUGCACAAGGUUUGUUUCGAAUCAAUUGCAACACCCUUCUGGUUAAUGGUCGUUUAGAUUAUGAAAGACAGUCAGAGUACAUAGUUACAAUUCAAGUUCGCGACAAUGGGUUUCCGAGCUUAUCUGCCACGUCGACGUAUAACAUUACAGUACUAGACUCAAAUGAACCUCCUAAAGGGGUCAUUUUACACGGGGGCUGGAUUAAGGAGUAUGUAAAUGGCCCCGAAGGAACACAAAAUGGAUCCUUUGUUGGAAACCUGUCAACCAUUGACGAAGAUGCAUUUGAUAGUCAUUACUAUGAAGUCAUUGAGCCUAUUCCUUCUCCCUUCGCUGUCGUCGGAUCUUCGUUGGUUGUUGCUAACGCUGGUCUCUUAGACUAUGAAAGCCAGAACCAAAUACCUGUGAACAUUCUUUCCACAGAUAAGGGAGGGGCAACCGUCACAUCCAGAAUUGUAGUUCGUUUGUCAGACGUUAACGAAAGACCAACAGCCAUUCUUCUAUCAGCGGCUACUUUCACUGAGCAUGCGCAAAUAGGUACUGUCAUUGGCACGCUGAGCGCACGUGACCCAGACCGACUGGGUAACCACACCUUUAUCAUCCUGACGUCAAACCCAGGAAACUCCUUCCGGGUCAUUGGCGACCAGCUUGUUUUGAAUAAAGACAUUGACUUUGAAACUACCCAUCAUCCUCUCCGUGUUGUUCUUCGGGUGACGGACAAUGGGGGAUUGAGUCAUGAUGAAGAGUUCAAUGUCACUAUUCUCGAUAAGAAUGAACCGCCUCAAGCAAUAAAACUCACAGCAUACGCCUCUUGCUCAGCAGGAGGACAAGUCUGUGUCCCUGAGAACAAAAUCAUUGGUUAUCACAUCGCUCGUAUCAGCGUUCAAGAUCCAGAUAGAGGAGACGUACCUUCUUGUGAAGUCGUUAGCGGAGACUUGAUCGGUGUUAAUAAAGGAAUAUUAGUAACGAAAGGCAAGAUAAACUAUGAAGCACUUGCUCCUACACAUAACAUAAGUGUAGGGUUACAGUGUAGGGAUAGAGGUGGACUAAGUAUUGAGGAGGCUUUUAAUGUUACUGUUACAGACGCCAAUGACCCUCCGUCGAACGUCUACAUAUCUCAUUACAUUAUCAGCUCCAAUGCACCUGUUGGAAGUCUUGUUGGUACGUUAUAUAUAGAGGAUGAAGAUUCUGGGGAUUCUCACACUUGCUACUUACUCAACAGUGAUCGCAGCCCUUUUGAGAUUCAUGGGCUUCAAGUGCGCACACGCGAAGUUCUAACCAACGCCACGCAUGCGCGCCAGCUUAUUCAAGUUUGGUGCCAGGAUUCCAAUGUGGCUGGGUCUCCGAAGGAUAUCUACAUCGACGUCAAAAACAUCGACAUGUCAGGAGUCAUCAACAUAACCCUGGACUCAAAUAAGAUCGCUGAAAAUAAACCCGCGGGCUCAUUGGUCGGUCACGUGUUUGCUUGGUCACAUGACCCGGCCGAGUCUUUCUCGUUCCAGUUAGAUAUAAAUGAUGAUUCUGCAUUCGCACUGACCAGAGGUAACAGUGAUCUUGUGACGACUAGGAGCUUGGACUACGAAAAGCGAGCGAACUACACGGUUGUCAUUCGUGUCUAUGGCAACAGCGGAAAAACAAACUUUGAAAAGUUUAUUAUUGAGAUCAUCGAUGUUUACGAACCUCCAGACCACCUUGUUCUCCAUCAUAAUUCUGUAAGUGAAAAUAUCGCUGGGGCGUUAGUCGGUAUUGUAACCCUAAAGGACUCGUUCACCAUGAACCAUGCUGUGAUAGUCAGCCUUGUUUCAGACCCUACCGAUGCCUUCCAGAUAAAGCCAUCUGUAGCUCCCUACACAUGGAAAAUCACAACUAAAACACCGCUGGAUUAUGAAAAGGCUCAAAGCCACGUGAUAACYCUCAACAUCCGGGAUACCAGAACCAAUUCAUCCACCAACCAAUCAUUAAUCAUCUACGUCACGAACGUCAACGAAGCACCGACAGCAAUARAAAUCAAUGGUACUCGCGCYUUUGAGAAUUCAAUUCCUGGGACGCUGGUUGGCUCUAUCAAAGUCGAAGACCCGGAUGAAGCCGUUGUUGCUCAGCGGUUUAGCUGUGAAUUACGUAAUGAUGCUAGUGGUCGGUUUGAGAUACGUGGACUCAACAUAGUGGUGGGGAAGUCCCGUGUGUUGGACUAUGAGGACGCUUUGGGGCCGAAGUGUUUGAUCGACGUUGAAUGCCAGGAUCAAGAUGAAGAAGCUAUUAAUAAACAGUUUAUCAUUAAUAUUGUGAAUGUCAACGAACCACCGACGAGGAUAUACUCAAUAAGUGACAGGUUUGAGGCUCCAGAAAACCAAAGCCCUGGAUAUCUCGUUGCUACGUUAGCCACCUUGGACCCGGACAAACAGGAUUCAUUCACGUACUCUUUACACCAUGAGAACUCUUCCACAGUCCCUUUCCGACUACACGGUAACCAACUCAUCACCACAACGAGGCUCAACUAUGAGUCACGUGAUCAUUAUGACAUUAAUGUCACGAGUAAGGACAGCGGUAACCUCAGCGUUACUCAGCGUUUAACAGUUGCUGUGGUCGAUACUAAUGACCCACCAACUGAUAUUGUUCUCCCUCGAGGAGUCUUCGUUACUGAGAAUCAAAAGGUCGAUACUAUCGUAGGAGAGCUGAGUACUCUAGAUGAAGAUCAAGAACAGACACAUGUUUAUACCAUUCUUACUCAAACUCCUGGUGGGGUACUCGGCAUAAAACACACCAACAAACUCUAUAUACAAGACAACGGUCAGCUAGAUUACGAAUCAGUGAGGGCUAUCAAAAUAACUAUAUCUAGCACAGAUAAUGGCACGCCUAAUCAAUUGACGAAAGCUGUUGCCAUGGUGAUACCAAUCAAGGACGUGAACGAGCCUCCUUAUGACGUUGAGCUCAGCCGACAAAUCGUGUACGAAAAUUCGACCAUGGGUGCCUAUAUUGGUGAUGUCGUCGUUAAGGACCCCGAUACUUUUCCGCAAUCCUUUUCGUACUUACUAAUCGAUGACGCAGAAGCUCGUUUUAUGAUCCAAAAAAAUAAUUCAAAAAUUCAUCUCCUCACKUCAAKRAAUGGUAUUCCAUUGGACUACGAAACGCAGAAAGAACACAGGAUCGUCAUCAAAUGCACCGACGGGGGAAUGUCUUGGUACCAGAAACAGUUUGUUAUCAAAGUCUUAGACUCGAAUGACARGCCCACCAACAUAAUAUWCACUGAUUCACAAGGGGAUACGACUAUGGACCCKCACCCUCCUAACAGAACCACCCAGCUGAUCAGCACACCAGUAGUGACCGUUAAYGAGACGGCUGAAGUCGGUGUUACMAUAGUAACAUACGUCACAAUCAAAGAUGAGGAUAAUACAAACAACCCCGCUCAACUGCAGACGCAUAAGUGCGUGUUGAUAAGUGAGGAGGAAGCAAAGUUGUUUGCUGUUGUUAGUGCGCAUGAUCCGUCUACUCGUCACAAGCGAUCGGCUGCCAAAACGAAUCAGAUACCAAAAGAAUUCAUGAUCCGUCCCGGAACAAACUCCAUUCUUGUGCGAAAGGUUUUAAACUAUGAGGCCCGCGCUGUGUUUACUCUGUUUCUUAAAUUUACAGACAGCGGUCUACCGCCGCUAUCAAUUGUUUCUUCGUUGCGCGUCCAAGUCCUUGAUGUUCCUGAACCCCCAACAGAUUUACAUCUAACCCCGUCAUCUCUUGGAGAAAACUCACCUGACGGGACCCUACUGGGGAACAUUUCUGUAACAGACGCGGACGUGCCGAGCACUGGGUAUGUGUACGAGAUAACGUCCCAUGGGGUACCCUUCAUGGUAGUCAGGGAUCAAGUAAUUGUCUCACGUGCACCAUUAGACCACGAGACAACACCAAUCAUUACUGUUCAAAUAACUGUACGUGAAGUAGUCUCUUCGCUCUCCUUUACCAAGAACGUCCAUGUGAAUAUCACAGAUAUUAACGAAGCACCCACGAGAAUCACUCUCAACGGCAGCAAAACAGCGGUAUCUCUCGAAGAGGACUCACCCGUUGGUCAUCUCAUUGGGUACAUAAUUGUAGAUGACCCUGACAGAUAUGAUUCUCAUCUAUUAUCAAUAGGUAGCCCAAACAGCAGUCAUUUUCGUAUCCAUGACAGCAAGCUUUAUGUUGGGUCUCAGCUGAAUGCCUGGUUUAUCAACCGCUACUCCCUAUAUAUCCGCGCGAUUGAUCGUGGGGGACUAAGUACGACUGGCGUAAUUACUGUAUUGGUUCAAGAAGUAGAUAUGUGUUCCAAUGGUAGAAAUAACUGCAGCGCGUUUGCCAUGUGUCUACGAGCUGGACCAGGACAAGCGAAAUGCUCUUGUAAACUCGGUUUUAAGGGCGACGGUUAUUCUUGCGUCGAUAUCGAUUACUGUGAGUCUGACCCAUGUCAUUUGGAUAACACCAUCGGGCCUUGCGAAGAUGGAUUCGGAGGAUACAAGAAUUACAGCUGCCCCUGUAAGACAGGGUGGUCGCCCCCGAAUUGUGACGUCAUGGUAAACCAUUGUCGAACUAAGCCAUGUUCUGAGAGCGGUACUUUGAGAUGUGAAUCUCAUGUUAAUGGUUACAAUUGUCUCUGUAAAGAGGGAUUUACUGGCUCACGUUGUGAGACUAAUAUUAGUCAUUGUUCAGAACACAGCUGUCUUCAUGGCGGAGCAUGCGUAGAAAAGAGGGAUGGAUUCAUUUGUCUGUGCAAGGAACCUUUCACUGGAGUCAACUGUGACACAAAUCGUUCAAUUUGUCGGAACGACCCGCACAUUUGUCCGCGAAACGGGACAUGUAUCCCGUACUCCGAGAACAGCACGACGAAGUAUUGGUGUAGCUGUAAUCCCCCUUGGAGCGGGGACUGUGCGGGAUGUGUACCGGGGUACGGUGGAGAUGAUUGUAAGCCGUGUCGAUAUCCAUGGACAGGCGAAAACUGUGAACAAGAUUGGAGAAACUGUAAAGAGGACACAUGUCAAAAUGGUGGAACAUGUAUUCCACUGAAGGGAAAAGAUUUCCUUUGUGUUUGUAGUUCUAACUUCACUGGGGAAAACUGCGAGGCUAAACUGCUCACGACGGAGAACUCAUCGGAGGGUUCUAAUAAUAGCCGUACUAAAGAUACGACGAUAUAUGCCUUGAUUUCGAUUUGUGUUCUGCUUUUGUUGGUUUUAGUGAUAUCUCUUGUAGCGUGGUUGUGGAGGAAGCAUAGCAAGACCAGGUCGAAUCACGGGAGAAUUGUAUUAACUCCAAAAGAGACGAAAGAUGUUAGCCCGCCAUUUGAAGACAUGAUGAAUACCAACAAAUACCAGUUUAGUAACCCAACCUUCAUACCUGACCCUCCAUCACAGGAUAACAUUUUACGUGAAAUAUCUCAAGAAGUUCCAGUAAAACUUCAAGAUAAUAAUGAAGAAAAUACGAGAUUGUCAUACAGUACUAUCGACUUCAAGACUUCAAGUCCAGUGGCUACUAAGAUAUUUGACAAUCCUCUGUACGAAUCUGCCGACCAAGUGAUCAGAAAAGAACUCGAAAGCAAUUCAUUGAAUCCUCUGUAUGAAUCUGUGGACCAGGUAGAGAGUAAUCAUGGUAAACUAGUAUUAAAUCCGAUAUAUGUCUCGGCAGGAGAACAAGCGAUUGAAGUAACGAAUAAGCGACUAUGGAGAGAAGACAGAUUUUCACAAUGUUAGAGGUUUUUUUCUCAGAACCGUGAUCAAAUUAACAAAUAGGCAUCAGUUUUUUAUGUGUCUGUAAUCUUAUUGACGAUAAAUUGCAUCAUCAGAUUGUCAAAGUAGUGUGGAUUCACGAGGCGUAGUCGCUCGUUGACGACAGCUUUAUCUGUCUGUCCUCUUAAUGAUGAUAAAAAAUAACCAAUCAGCGCGCGAGAAAUCUGUUAGUUAUUGUAAAAUAGUUAGUAUACUAUAGAGGUUAGUAGAUAUUAGGUGCUUACCAUUUACCAGGAAAAACCGGAAAUUCUGCUUGCAAAAUGAAAGGUAUGCAUCAUUCCCGAUAAGAAAGUCCCCGAAAACUCGGGCCUUCGAUUGAAGUCAACCACUUUUCCCGCUCUUUUCGGUUCUUCCGGUAGACGCGUGUACCAGAUUUCGAAAGUCAAAGUUUCCCGCUCUUUUCUUACUAUUGGCGAAUGAAUUUCCAACCGGAUGGAUUGGUUUAAAUGGUAAGUACUCCUUAUUUCCAUUGUUUUUUAUUUGACUAUUUUGUAGGAAAUCACUCUAAAUUUAGACGGACGAUCAUAAGGAUUUUCUAUAAGGAUUCAGACCGUGAAAUACUUAGUAGACUGAUAGAGAAUGGUAGAUUUUAUUUCCAUUGUUUUCUUUGUGUCUAUUUGACCAUUAUACAGAACAACUAGAAACUGUUUAUAAUAAUAAUAAUAAUAAAUCUUUAUAUAUUCUCACUAAAUAUGAUAGCACACAAGUGCUAGUUUGUGCGAGCUAAAAAAUAA